GGAGGGGGAGCUCCGCGCCUGCGCAUUGCCGAAUAGACAGAGCGGACUGUGCUGACGGACGGAUGCCGGGAGGGCCGGAGCCGCGCGGCCGCCCGAAGCGGGCAGCGGGGGCCGACGGGGCGGCAGGGGAGGAAGAAGCAGUGACCGGGGGCUCCUCCCGCAGGAGGAAAGCGGAGUGUCCGCGGAGGAGGAGAAGCCGCCGGGAAAUGCCUGGGGAGGAGGAGGAGGAGCUAGGCCUUGGGGGCCGGCACAGCUACCUGGAGGAAGACAUGCUAGCUAAUAAAGCCCCAAAGUGUGAGGUGGAGGAGGUAGUUGUACAGGAGAUAGAGGCUCCCAUAUUAAUUCCGGAUCCGCAUCUGGAAGUGGUGGAGACCCGCACAGUUGUAAAGGAAGGCGUCUUGCGCACCACACGCUCAGAGUCCCCUACCUUGGAGCUCAUCUGCAAGGCUGAACCUGACCCUGAUGAUCUAGUGUAUGAGAUCAAUGAGGGUCCCUCUUCAUACACAGCUGGAAUCAGUGAGGAGGAGGAGGAAGAAGAGGAGGAUGAUGUGUUAAUAAGUGAAGAAGAGAUGCCCUAUAAAGAUGACCCCAGUGAUGAGACUUACCGACCCCCACAAAUUGACAGUGAAGAGGAGGAGGACGAAUUGAUAAGUGAGGAAGAUGUCGCAUUUAAAGAUGACCCCAGAGAUAAGAGUUACAGGCCCCAGAUGAACAGGUCAUCCACUGGGACCAGGCGCAGAGGCCCCCGAAUCAGGGAACAGACUGCACCAGUAGAGGUAAAGAUGGAAGUGAAGGAAGAGAAUCCAGUAGCUGAACCAGAAGCACCUAGGAAGAGAGGCAGACGGCGCAAGGAUGAUAAAAGUCCAAGGCUUCCAAAGAGGCGGAAGAAGCCCCCUCUUCAGUACGUGCGCUGUGAGAUGGAGGGAUGUGGGACUGUACUGGCACACCCCAGGUACCUGCAGCAUCAUAUUAAAUAUCAGCACCUUUUAAAGAAGAAAUAUGUAUGUCCACACCCCUCCUGCGGGAGACUUUUCCGCCUGCAGAAGCAGCUGAUGCGUCACGCAAAGCACCACACAGACCAGCGGGAUUAUAUCUGUGAAUACUGCGCUCGAGCAUUUAAGAGCUCCCACAACCUGGCUGUACAUCGCAUGAUACACACCGGGGAGAAACCCUUACAAUGUGAGUUCUGUGGAUUCACCUGCAGACAGAAAGCCUCCCUGAACUGGCACAUGAAGAAACACGACGCUGACUCUUUCUACCAGUUCUCCUGUGGCAUCUGCGGAAAGAAGUUUGAGAAGAAGGACAGUGUUGUGGCCCACAAGGCCAAAAGCCACCCCGAGAUUCUUAUAGCUGAAGCCUUGGCGGCCAACUCUGGCUCCCUCAUCACCACCGACUCUGAACUGCUGGUGACCGAGACCUCUGCUCCCGUGGCCUCCGUUGUACAGGAUGAGCUUGCACCUCCCCAAACCUUCUACUCCAGCGCUGGCUCCAAGAUUUUAGUUGCUUGCCCAGCUCAGCCAGCAGAAGGACUGGGUGCUACGACAGAGGUUCUUAUUGAGGAUUCGGACUCUGCAGGACCGUAGAGCGGGAGAGUGAUCUCCCCAUGCACAGCACCUAGACUGUUUCCUUGUCCCCCAGCUGGCUGGCUGCAUCGUCCCUUCCAUGCUUUCUUUCUGUCCUUGCAAUAACUGCAUACACUAAUGCUGGGCUCAAAGAUUUGCCCCUGGGGUUUUCAAUCCAUUACCUUUUUAAUCUUAUGUUUUCUCUUUGGCAUCACGACCGAUUCUCUGAUUCUGCUUUCCCUCCAUUUCUUUGCUCUUUUCUGUCCUCUCUUUUGAUUUUAAUUUCAUUUUAUUCCUCAUUCCCCCUCCGCUCCCUCUCUCAGGUGCUGUGCUCUACACUCUCACUGUAUAUAAUAUGUUUAAAGAAUAAAACGGUUCUGUCUGACAUGGAGCCCUCUCCCCCCCAAGCAAAGCUGCUAGUGUUACUUAGAGCGCUGCUUGCGGUCUCUUUGUACUCCCCUUCCCUUCUUUUUUCUGUUGCCUCCACUUCUUAAUUCUUCUCCCUCCAUAUGAGUGAAAAUGUUGGUGCACUUUAGAGUGAUUCUAAGAGGGUAGCUCAUCUGAAAAAAGUUCUUUUUUUCCUGUUCCACUGAAUAGCUAUCCCCAUCUACUUGCUUGCAGUCAUCUAUCAUUGCCCAAUACAUUUAACUAGCCCGCCCCAUACUCUACUACAAGGCACAGCUGCCAUAUUGCAGUAUUCAUGGCAUUUAUAAUAAACACACCAUCUUGUCCUAAUGAAAGGCAGCACCAUAUCUGUCAGCCACUCCCCUCUCUCUCUUUUCUCUUUCCAGAUCUGCUCUACAUCAUGUCUUUGCACGGUUAGUCACCAGAGAUUUUUUUCUGCACUUUAAAAACAACUCUCAUUCUCCCUUUACCCAUUACGUCUUGCACUCUUAAGGUUCACUUUUUGAUUAUGGUUGAAGGAAAAAAAUAAUUGAUUUGCCUAUUUAGAUAUUUUACUUGCUGGAAGUUAGCAGUGUGUCUUUGAUUCCUCUGUUGUGAGAUGUAUGUACUUCGGAUGCGUGGGCCAUCUGAUAAUUGCGCAUUCAGACUUGGUGAGAGGAGUACUGAUGUAGGUAUGCACAAAUCAAGGCAAGGUUUAAAAAUGGAUUUGAUGAAAUGAAGAAUGACUGUGGAUAAUUGCCAGACUUAGAGCUUACCUAAAAAAAAAUUAUGGUUAAUUAGAAAAAAAAAAUCCUUUAAAAUUUUUGGGUCGUUUCCUUUUUCGAAAAAGGUUCCCCACUUGCUGACUACUUGAAAGCAUAAGAUGGCUUCUGGGGCUAACUAAUUUUGCUCUUUGAAUGCCAUAUUUUGUAUUCUGUAUGUAUCAGUACAAUAAAAAUAUACUGUACAAAUA